CAUGACAACAAUGAUAUACAAGCAUUUCUAUUGGACGCAGCUAUGUCAAUCAAUUUGAUAGGCGUAUUUUUGGAGUAUGGGCAAACAAGUGAGGUUGUGGAAAAAUGUCUUCAGUGCCUGACGGCAAAAAAUUAGUCCGGAGUCCUAGUGGACUUCGAAUGGUCCCGGAGAAUGGAGCGUUCAACAGCCCUUUUUCGUUAUGUGAACCUCAGUGGGUCCCGGACAAAGAGUGUCCUAGCUGUAUGCAGUGUAACAAGAAAUUUGACUUCCUUACAAGAAAGCACCACUGCCGGAGAUGUGGCCGGUGUUUUUGUGAUAAAUGCUGCAGUACAAAGGUGGCCUUGCCCCGGAUGUGCUUUGUUGACCCGGUCCGGCAGUGUGGAGAGUGCAGCCGGAUCUCCCAGAAGGAAGUGGAGUUCUAUGACAAACAGCUCAAAGUGCUCAUGGGAGGUGGUACAUUUAUUGUCACCUCAGGCACCUCAGAGAAGUCUGAGACCAUGAUCUGUCGUCUCUCCAACAACCACAGGUACCUGUUCUUAGAUGGGGAGAGCCAUUUCGAGGUUGAGCUUACUCGGAUCUCAAGUAUGCAGGUUUUGACUGACGGGUCCGCUCCUGAAGAGAAUGACAUUCAAUCUUACACCAGUCUACUGGACAGUCAGUAUAUCUCUGAAGGUGGUAACUCCAGGGCCAGUGGCAUGUUGCUCCACUACAAACGAAUGGGCUCACUGGACCCCCAGCAGCUACGCAUGGAGGCAGGUGAUGACAAGAAAACUGCCUCCUCAUGGCUGGCUGCCAUGCACAAGGCUGCCAAACUGCUAUAUGAAGCUCGGGAUCAGUGAUGCCUUGCUAAGAUGCCUAGAGAGUCAGAGAGAUAGCACAGACCAAGUGUUUUCCUUCCUAUCCUUAAGUCUCACGUUGCUUUCGGCUUCAAGAGUUGGCAGAUUUGGAUCCUUAGCUCUUCCUUAGGGAUUCCCCAGGUUAACUGAUUCUAGUGAAUUAUUCACUGCGCCAACUAUAUGUAUUCAGGUGGUUAAAUGUAGUCCCAUACAUUACAUUUUUGUAUACACUUUUAAAUAUUCCUAUUUUAACACAAAAUUCAGUGUUAUUACUUGUAUUUUUUACUGCUGAAGUAUGUGCUAUAGUUUUUGUAGCACUUGUAUACAUUGUUUUUUCUUGCACUACGAAAUGACUUAAACAUUUGUUCUGAUUUUGGAUGGCGUUGGUUUUUCUAUACAUGCUUUGCACAGCCACAACCCCAACAAACUAGACCUCAAUGUAAGGAUACAAUAUAAUGUUUAUUGCAACAGUUACUCUUUUUUGUUGCCUUGAACUCAACUCAUUAUGUUCCGCAUACCAAAUAAAAUUGUUUUUCUGUAUUUAAUUUUAAAUCAUAUGUAGAAGUUGGGUAAUAGUCCAUGGUUUUACCUUUUGUGUAUUACUCAUAUAAGUAGGCUACAUUCUUGAAUCAAUUGUAUUCAUUGGUAAGAAGCAUGUUAAAAUGGCGUGCUGGAUGUGUUUGUGAUGCAUUAUGUGUCAAGAAAUGGCAUAACUAUGGUUAUUCUUUGUUAGGACGUUUGCUAUUCCUUAGUUGGUUGAAGUUCAUUAAACCUAGUACAUCCUUGCUACAUGGUUCAAAAAUGUUUGAUCUGCAGGUCUGUUUCAGUGCCCUGAAGGUAUAGCUAUUCUGUUGCUGCAUGAUAUGGUGGCAUUUGCAAUGACUCGAUUUUUCUGUCAUCUACUACAUUGAGUUUAAAUUGGUCCUUUUGCAGUAGAUGACACUGAAUUAUGAAAUACCACUGCGCUUUAUGAUCUACCUUUUCAUAAUCACUGUCCUAAUAGUUAAUCUGUUACAGUUAUUCAUUUGAUGUAAAUAAACAAGCAAUCCACAUGUAUAAAACAUUAACUCAAUAAAUGAAAGUGUUUGUAAUUGUCUUUUCA